UGAUACUGCCAGAUCUCACAACAGUAACUGAAAUAAGUAAUACACUUCUUACAGAGCUGACAACAUCUACAGAAAUUCAUUCACUUGCUUUCAGUCUUGACAACAAGUAUCUGUUUGCUGUGUCAGAAUCAGAGGUUGUGAAAGUUCCUGUAGAAACAUGCUCAUCACUUAAAUCUUGUGACCAAUGUGUUGCUAGCAAUGAUCCAUUUUGCGGUUUCUGUGUGUUGGAGAACAAAUGUUCUGUCCAGUCAGAGUGUCAGAUGUCUGGUGACGUUCGUCGAUGGAUUCAAACAGACAGUUUACAGUGUAUUGUCUCUGGUGGUCUGAAACAGGGAAGUCCCAAAAUUGCACCAAUAACAAAAGCAGUUCAGAUUUCUCUAGAGGUUUCAAAUGUUCCAGACAUUGGAAGUUUUGAGUGUGUAUUUGGUACAAUUGGUAGCACAACAGCAAAUAGAGCGUCACAAGUGAUAUCGUGCAACACUCCCACUCCAGCUGCCUUACCAGAUGCAAACAGAGACAGUUUGUCUGUUUCUGUGUCACUGAAGUCAACAGCUACAAAUGCAGUUUUUGUGAUUGACAUCACAAACAUAACUGUCUUUGACUGUCGAAUCCACAGAAAGUGUUCAAAUUGCACUGCUAAUAGCCUUCCUUGUGGAUGGUGUCUGUACAAUAGUGUUUGUACAGACUCUUACAUAAGUUGCAGAGAUCGCCAAUCCUCAUACAGAGUUGAGCAUAAAGACCUAUGUCCUAAGCUUACAGGCAAUGAAAAUUUCUGGCCUUCUGGAGUGAAUGGGUUUAAAUUUCUCGUGAAUGGUCAGCAUUUUCCUAAUAUUCAAAGGUCAGGAGAUGAAUAUGAGUGCAUUGUGAAGGUUCACAAUGAGAACACCUUUACUGUCUCUGCUACUAGAGUAUCAGAAUCACAACUACAGUGCACUCCUGACUCUACUCAGAUUUUCAAGUAUUCAAAUGCAAAGGAAAUUGCAAAAGCUAAACUUGAUCUGAUAUGGAAGGUGUCUGGUCGAAGCAAUUAUGAACUGGAAAAAGAAGAUGGAUUUUCACUGACUUUGUUCAAGUGUGGACAGUCUGCAACUGACUGUAGUGAAUGUUUGGCUGUUGAUCCUCAAAAAAGAAAGUGUGGAUGGUGCAGCAGUAAUGGUGCUUGCACUGUUGAGCUUGAGUGUACUGCUGGCUGGAAUGGAAAAGAAAGCGUUGACUGCCCGGAACCAUUCAUCUCUACUAUUGCACCAAAAAGGGGACCAAUAGAAGGAGGGACAAAAUUGACAAUUAAAGGUUCAAAUCUUGGUGUCAGAUUUCAAGACAUCGUAUCUGUCAAAGUUAAUGACCAAGAAUGUGACUUGAGGGAGGAAUUGUAUUCACCUGGGAAAACGAUCGGUUGUUAUACAAGACCUGCUGCAGUAGGCACUGGUCCUGUAAAAGUUACGAUCAACAAGGCUUCAAAGACGUCUAAGGACCACUUUGAAUAUACGAUGUUGGGAGUGACAGAGUACUCUCCUAAAUUGGGUCCGUCUGCUGGAGGUACUGAGGUCAGGAUAAGAGGCACUAAUUUGGACAUAGGUGACAAUGUGACAGUGAUUCUUGCCCAGCAGAACUGUGAUGUUAGAAGCAGGAAAAUGAAUGAGAUAGUUUGUGUCACUCUGCCGUUUAUUCCUUCUUUGUCAUCUAUUCCUUCUCAGCCUCUGGAUGGCGUUGUUUUGAGGAUUGACAAUGCAACAAACAGCUCUUUAAUGGAUCAGAAAUUUAUCUACACUCCGAAUCCCACAAUAAAGGACAUUGAUCCUAAGCAAGGAUUGAAACAUGGGGGAGUUAUUCUUAAAGUCACUGGAACAUGGUUGAAUUCUGUACAGAAUGCAAAGAUUGUUUUUCGAAAUGAUAUGUGGUCAGCACGUUCUGACUGCAAGAACUAUAAAACAAACCAGAAAGUCAUGGCUUGUGUACAACCUCCUUUUCCUGAAUCAGUUCGACAGGAUGUUUCAUUGAAUGUGACAUUUGAGAUGGAUGGUGUGCCUCAGUCAUCUCUUCAACUUUCUGGUGCAUUUGUCAUCAAGCCAGAUCCUGUCUUUGAGAUGUUGAAACCUGAUUAUUCUAUUGACACAAACGAUCACAUUGUACUGGAAGGCACAAAUCUGGAUAUUGUGAUGCAACAACUUUACACCAUUUACCUUGGAAAAGAAAUAGUUUGCAAUAUCACUAACUUUGCUGGAAAUAUAAUACGUUGUUCACCUGUUGGGACUGUAGAAGAUGGACAAGUGUUUGAAAUCACAGUGACGAUUGGCAAUUUUAGCAAAGUUCUUGGAAAUGUGGAAUAUGUUGGAAGUAGUAGCAUAAGUAUAAUAGCAAUUGCAGUUCCAAUUGCAGUGAUAGCAGGAUUAGCUGUUGUGGCCAUCAUAUGCAUAGUCCUUAUUGCCAGGCAACGUUCAAUCAAGAGAGAAGCUCAUGUGCAGAAACUGUUGGUGCAGAUGGAUCGUUUGGAAUCUACAGUAGCAAAGGAAUGCAAACAGGGAUUUACUGAGCUGCAAACAGAUUUGGAUGACUUGGGACAGGCUUUGUCAAGCGACCAUCUUCCAUUGCUGCCUUUUAAGCAAUAUGCCAUGAGAGUUCUGUUUCCAAGAGAUGAAGAUCAUGUUGUUCUUCAUCCACUUUCACAAAGAUUGAAUAGUCGUCCUAAACUUGCUGAUGAAAAGAUUCGUCAAGGAACAGAUCUUUUUCUCUCUCUGAUCCGCAACAAGAACUUCCUGGUGAAGUUUAUCCAAUGCAUGGAGUCUGAGAUUAGUUUUACAAUGAAGGAUCGCACUGAGGUUGCAUCUUUGCUAAUGGUGAUCUGCCAAGACCGAAUGGAUUAUGCAACUGAUAUACUCAAGCGGCUACUGUCACUUCUUAUUCAUCGCAGCAUUGGAAAAUCUCAUCCCAAGCUGUUGCUGAGAAGGACUGAAAGUGUUGCUGAAAAGCUUCUUACAAAUUGGCUCACAUUUUGCCUUCAGCAACACAUUCAAGAGUCAGUUGGCAAGCCACUGUACACUCUUUUUAGGGCAGUGAAGUCUCAGAUUGAGAAGGGACCUGUAGAUGCGAUUACGGGGGAGUCAAGAUAUGCUCUUAGUGAAGACAAACUUCUAAGGCAUCAAGUGGACUAUCGGGAAAUGAAGUUUACAGUUGUUGAUCAAUCUGUUGGCAGUGUUCAAGUCAAGCUGCUUGAUCUUGAUACUAUCAGUCAAGCAAAAGACAAAGUUCUUGAUGCAGUGUACAAGACAACAGGCGUGUCGCAACGUCCGGCUGUUAGCAGUGUUGAUCUUAGUCUUGUUCCUCGUGAAAAUAUUUCUCAGCCAGCUCUUAGGUUUCGUGACGAGGACAGCACUACAGUCACAGAACGAGAAUGGAAACGAGUCAACACUAUAAAGCACUACAAUAUUCCUGAAUUCUCACCACUUGCUUUGAGUCCUCGGGAUGGGACAUAUGCUAAUGCUCGCCAUACAGAUCACACGCAAAUGUUAAUUGCAAGUCCAUCACGUUCUGUCCUAGUUGAAGAAGAAGGAGGGAUGAAAUUUUGGCAUUUGACAAAACAGGUUGACACUAUUGCUCAUGGAGGGGAUCACAAGCUUGUUUCUGAGAUCUACCUUACACGCAUGCUGUCUACGAAGCGGAUUGUCCAAAAGUUUGUCGAUGACCUUUUUGAUGCUAUUUUUCCUCCAGCUCGAGAUGCUCCGUUUCCUAUCAAGUAUUUAUUCAAUUUUCUUGACAAUGAAGCAGCUGAGCUGAGUAUCACGGAUCCCGACAUUUUGCAUGCUUGGAAGACGAACAGCGUUCCUCUUCGAUUUUGGAUCAAUGUUAUCAAGAAUCCCGAUUUUGUAUUUGACAUUCAUAAGUCAACGUCAGUGGAUUCGUGCUUGUCAGUGAUUGCUCAGACUUUUAUGGAUGGAUGCUCAGUUGCUAAUCAUAAGUUGUCCAAGGACUCUCCAAGCAGCAAACUGCUUUACAACAAGGAAGUCCAGCAGUAUAAGCAGCGAGUGCAGCGCUACUACAGUGAUCUUCAGUCGAUGCCACGAAUAUCAGAAGCAGACAUGGUCAGGUACAUGAGGGAAGUUUCACAGGCUCAUGGUGAUGCGUUUGAUCAGCAGAGUGCACUAUACGAGCUAUUUCGGUUUGCGCAUAAAUACAAAAAUCAGAUUGGUGAGGAGCUUGUCGUUGAGGCUUCCUUGUCUAGAGAUUUUCACCGGGUGUUGGAGACAAUGCAGGUGUGAUUGUGAACAUUAGUGUAGCAGACAGUGAUACAUGUAUAUCGUAAGUUGGCUGGGUUGUUUGUUUUUUGUGUGGAACUGUUAGUCAACUAUGUUUCAGUAGCAGGUGUUUCUAUUUUUAUGACUAAGUCCAUUGACA